UGUCUACUAAAGGGAAACCUCCUUUAACUUCAGGUUAUGGCCACUAGAGGUCUUUUACUUUCAUGUUAGCUGCUGUUCAGUUUGUACUGCCUUUUUUUUUAUUUAUUUAUUCCUGCGUGAGCAGAUCUAGUACACUUCUUGCAUAUAAACAGUGACAAUUACAAUAUAAAAGACCUAUUAUAGCUUAUUUUGGAGUAACAUUAGAGCUAGUGAGAGGCUUAUCUACUUUGUAAGACUAAGAAGACAUUUCCUGUGGGUACACUCAAAGCUUUCAGGAAAUAUGUCAUUCUGCAUUUGCUGGUUAUUCAGAUUGGACCACUCUUCUGAUGCCAAAGUAUUUACAAGACUUUCCCAGAUGACACAGUACCUCGGAUACAGUUGGCCUGUUCGCAAGAACUGAAGUAACGACUACACAUAGUAAUGCUUCUUACUGAACCCUGCUUGAUGCUAUGUUUUUAUCUGGUCACAAGUGGCUACAUUAUUUUGAAGUGUUAGUUUAACUUUCAAUAGUAAAAACACGGCUGAAGAGGAAAAUUUUCUUAAGAAAGCAAUUCAGUUUGUUAUUAAUUAAUAUAAUUUCAUCAGUAAAACUAUGCAUUGGAAAUGAAAGUGCCCCCAGAAUUUGCAACGUCUGUUUAGUCAGGACGCAUUUAAGACGUAUGACUAAUCUGUCAUAUGAAAAAAAAGCUGGAUUGCUAUAAUGAAGAGGUGACUGACAACUAAGAGCCAUUGGGAAAGCCAUAAGACACAAUGUGACCUUUAAAUGAGUUAACUGUAAGCAUAGCUGUCUAUUGCAAUUCCGUAAAAUGAAGAAUCGUGUUUGCUUCAGAAGACUUUCUGCAUUUUCCAGCUGCAAUAAAUCUUCCUUUACAUUUUAUAUACAAUAUCUUUACCUUAGUGUUCAAUCUAAUGAGCAACUAAAUUUGAAAAAGAACAAGAAGAAUGAAAUGCUUAUCUUGUUCAUUAGCAAGGUGUUCAUUUGAAUCUAAGGUAUACAAUCAUAUGACAGAGUUCAAAUGACAAAUGUAAUGUGCUUCUUUGCGACCCAUUACUUGCAGACUUUAAAUUGUGAUUCAAUGGCCCAGCAAAACAUGAAAGUGCGCCCGGUGCUACUGAAGAGAAACAGUCUGGAUUCAUUUGAUUUUAUGAGACAGCCACAUCACCGCAGAAGCAAAUCUCAGCAAGUUCGUUUCAAGGAUGAUGGUAUCAACACAAAGACAGUGGAUGUCACUGAUGUGGAUAAUAAUCCUGCCCAAGACAUUGCAUUAAUGAUUGAAAAUACAGAAAUAUCUCAACAACACAAAUUUUUGUUACAACCUCCAUCUUUUCCAAAGGCUCAGAAGGGGCUUCAGAAUAUUGCCAUACAAACAUCUCCUAGCCUCAGGAAACACUUCCCUGUUUUUAGAAGAAAAAAGCUGCUGGUAAGCAAAUCACUAACAGAAAUGCCAAGUGAGACUAAAGACUGCAUGCCAGUAAAUGACAAUCUUUCUGAACAAGACAUUAUGUCUUCAGACUUCUGUUACUUAAGAAUAAGUAGCCAUUUGGAAGAUGGAUUCAGGAUUAGUAAAGCGGAUGGUCAGUCAAGUCAAAGACUGCCAGAAGCACAAAAAAAUGGACAUAUCCAAAUCCAUGAUUCCUCAAUAACAGAAAAGACAACUGCUUCUACACAGGUGCCUGAAUACAUUCAUGUGAAUUUUCCACAAAACAGUGAUACUUCCAUGGAUGCAUCAGACACGACCAUGAAUUUAAAUAAUUUACUGCAUUCUUCUAAUUCUUCUACUAUCAUAAAUAGUAAUGAAAACAAUGAAACCAGCAUGCUGUCAUCUAUUCCUGAAAAAAUAUACCCUUGCCUAAGUGAUUCCACUAACGGCAAUGAUUGUAAUCCUCAUUCUGACUCUUGUGAAACAGCUAACAGUGAUCCCGAGUUGCUUGUAGUCAGCAAAGACACAAGCAGUAAAGAAACUACUCCAUUAUCACCUCCAUCGAAUCAAAGUUCAUCUCCUUGUUUCCUCAGAAGCUAUCUACAGACAGUAGAGAAUAAAACAGAUUCCAGCUGUGUGACAGUAACAAAUGAUGAUCACACAGUAAUGUCAUCGACCAGCAGUAAUGCAUCAAAAUCCGUUUCUUCAUUUAGUACUGAAACUGAGAAAAAUUCUACUCUGUCUGAUGUUUCCCAAUGUAAUGGCUCUUUAGAAGGAUUUCACACGAAGUCUUAUCUGCCAAGGAAUGAAAUAAAACCACACAUCAACAAAGAGAUUAGUGAAAUAAAUCAAAUUCAUUUGACACAUGGUGAACUAUGUGCUCUACAAGGCAAGCUGCAGUCUGUAGAGGAAUCCUUGCUGUCAAACCAGGAGAAGAUUAAAGUCCUUUUGAAUGUAAUUCAAGACCUUGAAAAAUCCAGAGCCCUCAGUGAAGGGCGCAACUUCUACCACACUGGUCAAGACCUCAACAACUGCAGCACGUGUCAGAACACCGCAUGUAUAAUUUACAGUGUAGAAUAUGACUUCAGACAACAAGAAGGAAGAUUUCAACAGAUUUUGAAAAGGCUGGAUCAUGCAGAGCAAAAUCCAGCUUCAGGUUCGCCUCAGAAGCCGUCAUUUGAUCGUCCACUUCACGAGAAAAAGGAGUUGAGAAAGAAAACAAAAAAGGUGAAAAAAAAAUGCUUCUGGUGGAUUUGACUUCCUUACAGAUCUUAAACUGAAACAAUUUUUAUAUUUCAAAUGACAGUAGAGCAAAAACAGGUUUGGAAGCACAGAACUGAAAAUACACUACUAUGAAAUCGCUAAAGAAUAUUUAAUUGAGUAUCAAAUCAGAAGAAUUAUAUCACUGAAUAAAGACACAUGAAGAGACUGUUUCUGAAGAAGAAAUUUAAGUUUUCUUCUUUUUUUUUUCCUGUGAUGCUCACAUUCUUUGUAAAGACAUUUUUGUUCAAGUUUCAAAAAAAAAAAAAAAAAAAAACAA